CAGGACCGACCGACCGUCCGCCGGCGAGCUGAGCCGGAAGUCGCUCGAGCCGCCGUCACGAGGCCGGACGUUGUCGGCGAGGGUGAAGCGGAGCCGCGGCGCGGGACGGGAAGGACGUGUUCGAAAUGAAUACCAGAGGCCUUAAAUCCCAACUGAAGGACAGUGUUCCUAUUGGAGAAUUUGGCCUUCAUGCAGGACCCUAUGGCGUGCAUGAUACCAUGCGUGGAGGAUUCUCCAGUGUGAAGUCGGAGCUUUUGCCAAGUCAUCCCCUGGAAGUUUCAGAAAGCAAUUUUCAGCUCAAUCAAAAUAAAAUGAAUUUUGCUAUGUUGAGAAAUAUUCAAGGAUUAUAUGCACCACUAAAGUUACAAAUGGAAUACAAAGCAGUAAAGCAGGUACAGCGCUUACCAUUCCUCAUGAGUUCCAACAUUGCACUCGAUACACUUCAAGGAAAUGAUGAAUGCAUUGGAUUUGAAGACAUAUUGAAUGAUCCAGCACAAAGUGAAAUAAUGGGAGAACCACAUCUAAUGAUGGAGUACAAACUUGGCUUGCUGUAAUUAAUGGAAAUUUUUAAGGAUUUUAAAGAGACACGUGUUGCUUCCUGUUGCUCUGUAAAGGUUGUUCUGAAUGUAACCAGAACAUCCAAAAUAUUGACACUUCAACAACUAGCCCAGAAUGUAUAAUUUAAAACUUUCUCAUAGAAUUCAAGUUUGUAAGAAGGAACAAAUGAUAAAUUAAUGCCUAAAAGAAUUCAUCUACCGGAAGUCCAAGUCGUAUGUCUGUAUUAGCUGUUAAGAAUGCUUUAAGUCUCAAUUGCACAUAUGUAACAAAAUUAUAGCAGUAUGUUAAGUUGUACUCUAUUUAAUGCUAUUUAUAGCAUCACUAAAAUAUGACAAGUGUACAUUUACUAUCAUAUCACACUAUCUGACUUGUCAUUUAACAGCAAUUAGGGUUGCAGCAACAUUAUUAACUCUUACAUUUCUUUGUGUAUCAAAUCAAAUGUUGGGGUAUUUUAGAAUGGGCAGCUGGGGCAAGUAUUCAUUGAACAGCUAUAAGUUUUAACAUUUAGUAUCCAAACAUAUUUGAACCAUUAUUGUUCAAGAAAAUACGUUACGAUUUCUCGGUCAUAUUGAAGGAAUACUGUCUCUUUAAAACAGACACGUACUAUAUAGUGGAAGUUAUUGAUUAUCAUUAUAUUCAAUAUUUAUCAUCCAGUUCUUGCAGAUUAAAAAAGCAUAUCAGGGGGCUCUGUAAUCCACUAUAUUUUCAGUAUACAAAAUACAUACACCUUGAAAUUAUCAAAGAGCAAGAUCUUUAACAUCAGCGACGAACUUGAAGAGAAAUGUCAGGCUUAGCACAUCACAAGAAAUAAACUGAUGACUUAAAGUUUAUUUCACCAAUAAUGGAAAUUAUUAGGUUUGCAAACUUGUAACUUUGAACAGAAAUGUAGUUGAUUCUGUAUUUUUUUUUAAUUCCAUAUAAUAAAUUAAUAUUUCAGUUUUAUUAUUGCUUGCUUAUCCUAUUUGAUAGUUAAUAUUUACAGGAAUUGUGGUAUGAAUAGGGCUUGAUAUUUUCCAGUUUUGUUUGGUUCAACUUGGUCUGGGAGUUAAUGGUUUUAAUUAGCAUUCUGAAAAAUUUGGGUGGCUUUGCUUAUUUAAAAAAAACUCAAGAAUCAGGUCACAAACCCUACAAGCGACAACAGUGACAAUUAUGGUCUAGUUUUAAAUAUGUUCUUAAUUCUUCAAAAAUGGCAAAUGGCAGGUUUAAGCAAUUAGUUUCUGCCUAUACUGUUCUUAUUUAACACUUCCACAUCAAUAAAGCAUAUUAUGAACAAGUGGUCAGUAGUCUGGACAAACAUCUUGAAAGUCAGAUGUUGGUAGGUUAAUUAGCCACUGUGAAUAGCUUAGUUGAAGAUGAACGGUUGCAUUUGGAGAGAAUUGAUGGGAAUAUUGGGAGAAUAACUGGAAUUAGUAUGAAUGGGUAUUAUUUGAUUAUCAGCAUGAUUUAUUUCAAUGGACUAAACCUUCUGUGUUGACUCUGUGGUAUGCCAAAAGCUAAAAGAAUGAAAAGAUAAACUUUUCAUGGUUGACAUUAAUUGCCAGAAUGGAGUUUUUAAUUAAAAGAAAAAAUAAUUAUUUAUGAGUCUGGCCUAUGGGAUAUUUUUCAGUUUUUCUUUGAUCACUUAAAACUGGAAAAGUCAACUCACGAGUAUAUUUUGUAGAUAGAAGCUGGAUUGUGUAUGGGUUAAACUUUUUAUUAUAAAUUUGCUGAAAAUAAAAAAAAACUUUAAAUUGCAAAUGUAAAGAGAUCCUUCUUUUAAAAUGCUUCUCUGGAAUUAAAUGCCAGUAAUAAGCAGCUGUGGCAAUUUGUCAUGCAAUUAUUUUGCUUUCAGAAUUCAAAAUGAAGAGUGUGUUCAAAGACUUAAGAAUCCAUUGUUGGUCAGUUACAGCAGGGCAUUAGAUAAUGCACAGAUUAAGUAGUAUGGUAUAUUGCUUUUAUAGAAUAUAAGGUUUAAAUUUUGUUAUGUAGAGGAAAGAGGUGGCAUGUUUGUAUUCUAAAAGUGUAGUCGGUGAUUGGUUGAUAAGCAUGAAUGUCUUUAAAUUAAGGACUGCAAAGGUAUAAUUUUUACAACUGUUUUAAAUUUAUAUGGUGGGACAGGUUGUGUCUGAUCUAUGGUAAGUGGAAGAUGAGACUAUCUUGAGCAAGUGCAUCUUCAGGUGAUGCUGAACUACAAUCUCACCAGAUUGAAGUUAUUUAUCUGGAGUAUGAUUUAAAGUCACUGCAGUUUGUAAGGGUUGAGUAAAAACUUACUGACAGUUUUAUUCUAGAAAUAUAAGUACACCCCACAAGAAAAUCCUAGACGAAAGUGGCAAGUGGAAAUUUACGAGAGGUUAUUGGUUCUCCCCAAUAGUUAUGAUUUCGCUGCUUAGGAAGGCAAGAAGAAAGACUGCAGAGUGAACAGUCACAAUGCAGAGCCAAGUCACUGUUCCUUAAAAGGAUGUGGAAGUCAGGGAGUGUGCAAAAUAGAAUUGUGAUUGUGAUUAGAUUAGAUUAAAUUAUGAGGACACUCAGUCCUCGUUUAUUGUCAUUUAGAAAUGCAUGCAUUAAAAAAUGAUACUAUGUUCCUCCAGAACGAUACAACAGAAACACAGGACAAACCAAGACUAACUGACAAAACCACAUAAUUAUAACAUAUAGUUACAACAGUGCAAAGCAAUACCAUAAUUUGAUAAAGAGCAGACCAUGGGCACGGUAAAGAAAAGUUUCAAGUCCCGAUAGCCCCAUCAUCUCACGCAGACGGAAGCACUGCAAACUUGCCAAUGCGUUAGAGCACCCGACCGCAGCCAACUCUGAGUCCGUCCGAAAACUUCGGGCCUCGGACACUGAGUACCAUCUCUGACGAGUGCUUCAACCCCACCCCAGCCACCAAGCAACAAGCAAAGCCGAGGACUCGGGGCCUUCCCCUCUGGAGAUUCUGGAUCUGAUGUAAUAAUGAGAUGCAGUAUGUAGUGCCGUCUUUAAGCAAAAACAGGAAUCUCUCUGUCUCUGUUGCUAAUCAGUGCUGGGAAAGGAAUUACUUACAGUAGCUGAAGAUGAACUUGGAAUGUGUGAAAUUAAAUGCAAAUGUCAUUGUCUAUGUUGGAGUAAAAGACACAGAUAGUAACAGGAAUCCUCCUGGAAUUAUAUCAGAAAAUAGGUUCUAAAAACACAGGACCUUGAUGAUGAAUCCUGGAUUAUGACCUGAAUCCUGUGUAAAUUAGUAAAUAGGUAGAGCAAGAUGAUUGAAAUGUGGAGGAAGAGUGAUUACAUUUCAUGGAACAGUAGCAUCAGUUUUGGACAGGAUGAAGCUGUUUCUGGACUAGGAUACCUCCUGUGUCUUUUUUAACCUAUUAAAAAGGGGUGUGGUCUAAAAUAUGUGGGCAGUCUAAGUACAAUCAGAACAGGAAAUGGAAUAGGAAACAAUUAAGGAAGAGAGGAUAUUGAUAAAAUAAAAUUGUAGGGUUAAAAAGGUAGUUGGUCAUAGAGUGAAGAGACAUUCUAUGCAAAAUGAGUUAAACUGUCCAUGAACACCAUGUCCAUAAGAAUUUGAACAAAUUGGACAACAGAUCUUGACCCUUUGAAGUAUCAGUGCUGAGAUAUGACACUCCUGUAGCAUUGUCACGAUGUUGGUAUUAUCGUGAAAGUUACUGGAGCAAGUGGAUUAAUGCACAACCAGCUUAUUACUGAUUCACUGAAACCAAGGCCAAUUUGAAAUAGUCACAGGUGCUCAUCAAUCUAUGGACCAUCAGUGGACUCCAGAAGACUUGUGACAUUUUCUAAGUAUGUGAUUGGAUCACGAUGGGUGAUUGGUGAUGUUCACUUGUAGGACCUUGAAGUUUUCCACCCUCUUGACCUCAGUACCUUUGAUGUAAAUAGGAGUUUGUGCACCACACCUCUUCCUGAAGUUAAUGACCAGCUCUUGUUUUGCUGACAUUAGGAGAAAGGUUGUUCUAAUGACACCAUGUCACUUGGCUCUGUAUCUUCUUUCUGUAUUCGGAUUCUUCAUCAUUUGAGAUUCGGCCCAUUGAGAUGGUCUUAUCUACAAACUCGUAGAUGGAGUUUGAGCAGAAUCUGGCCAUGCAGCCGUGAGUAUAUAGGAAGCAAAGUAGGGGAUUCAGAAAGCAGCCUCAUGGGACACCAGUGUUCAGUAGUCAUGGUGGUGUUGCUGCCUAUCCUUACUAAUUAUGGUCUGUUGGGCAGGAAAUCAAGGAUCCAGUUAAAGAGGGAGGUAUUUCCCAGUGUAGGAAAUCAGGGAUGAGUUUGCUUGGAAAUAUAGUAUUGAGAGUGGAGUAUUAUUCAAUAAAUAAUCGUCUAAUAUAGGUGUUUUUACUGUCCAGAUGUGCUAGAGAUGAGGUUAGGGAGAUGGUGUCUGCCAUAGACCUGUAUUGGCAGUAUGCGAAUUGCAUUGGGUCAAGGUUGUUUGGGAGGCUGGAGCUGACAUAUUUGUCUAUUUCAGCUUGUGUUUUAGUCAUGAAUAAUGAAUCAACCCUUCACUGUUUCUCUGUGGUUGUUGGGAUCAUCCUCAAUCACACUGACCUUGCUCACAGUGUUUAAGAAUUUUUAACUGGACUAAACAGUACUUUCAGAGGAAGAGCAAUAAGUGAUCCCCAGUUCUCUUUGGUCUAAGUACAAGAAAAUCCCCCCUCAAAUGUCAAAAGCAUACAUUUUUAAUUGCAUAAUUUCUCAGUGAUAGCUGUACACAUUUGCCUUUAUAUCUAACUUGCUAAAUGAUUUUAGGUACAAACUGAACAGUUUAUAUUCUGCAGUGCCAUCCUCUGGUUAUGAUCAGUACAUCAAUUAUUGUUAAUACUCUGUACUAACUUGCUGUUUGUGAAAGCAAAAUAAAUCCAAUAAAAUUGAGUAAAAAAAAAGCUGAAACUACGCAAAGGGAACAAAUGUUUACAAUUAGAAAUAUUUGGCUUGAGUUGGCAGAUUGUUUUGGAGGGAUAAUUGAAUAAAUAAGGAACUAACCUUAACAAGUGAAUGGAGAACUGGAACACAACUUCAUUUUCCAACCAGAGAAGCUUUUGUUGUUUUAUCUUUUCUAAUCCUUAGACUUUCAUAAGAUGCCAGCCAGAAUUAUUUAUGAUUUAAAGAUCACCUCCUAAAUUUGAGACAUGGGCCAAUUCAGAGCAAUCUUCCAUAGUUAAGAAUAACCCUCCCAACCCAGGAAUCAGUCUUCAGGUCCAACAUUUGCAUAUAGAAAUUUGAUCGUGUAGCUUUAUCUCUGCAUUACAUAUUUGUAAGGGAACAUAUCCCUGAGGGAUAAUUAAUGCAAUAAUUAAUGCUACCUGGUUGUUAGCAUCACUUAAUGCGUAGACAAGCAGGAUUGGUGUGGAUCCAAGUGCUUGCUGCCUUGGUUGCCACAUUGCAGGGUUGGAAAGUGCUGCAGAUAUUUGCUCCCUCAACCAAGCUACCAAGCCUAUGCUUAUGAAAGAUCUUGGCAUAGUGACUAAGGAGUAAUCAUUUCUACUUGUGUAGGAGUCUACAUUAAUUGGACACACACUGUAUAGGGUGGAAUCUGGAAUGAUACAGCACUGAAGAAGGCCACAUGUCCAUCAUAUCUCUACUGAUUCUUUGAAAAAGCUAUGCAGCUAUGUCCCUCUACCUGACUGUCCUGCAAAUUCUACAUUCUGACUUUUCUCCAUUUUGAAAAUCACCAAGAAAUUUCCUUACAUUAUACUUUUAGGUAGUAUAUUUCAUAUUACAACGAUUGGCUGUGCCAAAAAAAUUCCUUGCAUCCUUUGUUUUAUUCUAAUCAUCUUAAUACUUCGUACUUUGGUUAGUGAUCCUUCUGUCCCCUUGGAACAUUUACUCCAUUUUCAGAAUUAUGAUUUUUGAAUCUUUUUCAAAUCACUGCAGCUUCUUGUGCUCUUGGAACUAUCCCAGCUUUUAAGUUCUAUCUAAUGUUCUUUAUUAUGGCAAAUCACUUUUGUAUCCUCUCUAAGGCCCGGGUAUUCUUUGAAAAUGAGUUGUCAGAAUGGAAUAAAAAUUAAGCUAAUCAAUAAAUGUGUAAAUUUGCUGUUGUUAUUAUCUGUAUCUCUAUUAACACAAACUUUACAAAUUCUUUACACAAUAUGUGUUAAGAAUAUGGAAGCCAUUGAUGAAAAGUUUGGAGCAAAUAAGGUUAGGAUCGGAUGACCAUCAGAUGGGCAGGAGGCUCAUGAGGUACAGAAAUCAGUUUAUAUGGCUUUAGGUAGAAUGGUCUACAGUGGCAUGCAAAACUUUGGGCACCCCGGUCAAAAUUUCUGUUACUGUGAAUAGUUAAGCGAGUA